CAUUCCAACACUGUUUAAAACAAAAUAAAUAUAAAUAUAAAAUAAAACAAUUUUUAUAUAUUUAUUUUUGCAAUUGUGCAAAAGUAAAAAACAUAGCAAAAAAAUUCAAUAUCAAUGCGCUACUAAUAUUACCAUAAAGAGAGGACAAGCGUGACACCCACUCUGAGUAAAAUCUUCCCCUUUUUAUCUCACUGUUUUUGAGAGCUCCAUAGUCUCCAUUCAGAUUCAGAGAGAGAGAGAGAGAGAGAGAGAGAGAGAGCACAAAAAGCUCAUAGACUUGUUGAGAGAGAGAAGCAAAUAGAAUGGGAGGUUCUGCUUUAACUUUGUACACAUCUUUUCUCAAGUAAUAUGAAACAGAGAGGGUAGAGCCCCCCCCCACCCCCCCCAUUGGGUCAAUUAACCAUGGCUGUAGAGAAAUUUGUGCAAGAAUCCUUUCUUGAAGACGCCCUUUAUUGUGAAGAAGAAAAAUGGGGAGAUGUUGAAGAAGAUGAAGAUGAAGAUGCUGAAGAGAAGAGUGGAAUCACCUCCUCCUCCUCCUUCAAUGGAAUUUUCCCUUUAUUGGAGCAAGACUUGUUCUGGCAUGACGAAGAGCUUGAGUCCCUUUUCUGCAAAGAGAGAGAAACCGAAAACAGCAUCAAUGGAGGAGGAGCCAGAGGGACCUUUUGUGCUGAUAAUCUCUCCCUCUUCCGAGCAAGAAAAGAAGCUGUGGAAUGGAUCCUGAGAAUCAAUGCCCAUUAUGCCUUCUCAGCUUUGACUGCCAUUCUUGCAGUCAAUUAUCUUGACAGGUUUCUUUGCAGCUUGAGCUUUCAGAAAGACAAGCCAUGGAUGAUGCAGCUUGCUGCCGUCACUUGCCUCUCCUUGGCUGCUAAAGUCGAAGAAACUCAUGUCCCUCUUCUCCUCGACCUUCAAAUGGAGGGUGCCCAAUUUGUGUUCGAGGCCAAAACAAUCCAAAGAAUGGAGCUUUUGGUGCUGUCAUCUCUGAAAUGGAGGAUGAAUCCAGUGACCCCUCUUUCUUUCAUCGAUCACAUUAUAAGAAGGCUUGGGCUAAAGUGCUAUGUCCAUUGGGAAUUCCUCAGGAGCUGUGAAAAUCUCCUCCUCUCAGUUAUCUCCGAUUCAAGAUCCGUAGUUCACACGCCUUCUGUCUUGGCCACAGCCACAAUGCUUCACGUUAUUCGUCGAUUUGAACCUGAAAACUCUCUGCACUAUGAAAAUGACCUUCUUGCUGUACUCAAAAUCAACAAGGAGGAAGUGGGUGAAUGCUACGAGCUUCUCUCAGGCAUUUUGUCGAACACUUGGAAGAACAUUAAUAAUAAUAAUAAUAAUCCAGCAAUUAAGCGUAAAAGUUUGGGCGAAAUUCCAGAGAGCUCAAACGAUUCAUCAUGGUCGCCCCUUUUGAAGAAACGAAGGUUUGAUGUUCAAGAACAGAAAUUGAUGAUGAUCAGCCUGCCAUUGGCGUCUCCGUUGAAGUUGAGCAGAUCAGAUCAGUACUAGAGAACCAAUGAAUCCUCCUUCCCAGUUUGAUCGUUGUGCUCUUCGGAGGGAGGAAUCGAGAGAAUGGAAAAGGGAAGAGAAUCAAAGAGGAAGAGGUGGAGCUGCCAUGGCAGCGGCAGCAGCAGAAAACUCCAAAUUGAAAUCUCUAAAUCCAUAUAUGGUUUGGUUGGCUGGCAAUUCAUGAGAGAAAAAGAGAUUUGAAAAAAAAAAAAAAAAGAAAA